AUGUCAUCUCAAACGGGUAACGAUGAACCAGAGCUCAACAUCCGCUCCAUCUUGAAAUGCACAAAAUUAGAUACUGGUGAAUUUGUGAGUUUCAACAUUUAUGUUUUUUUUCGGUGAUAAUUUGAGUAUUUUUUUCAGAUUACAUGUAUUUCGGGAACAACAACAAAUUUAUUUAUUGGUACUUCUUCUGGGAAUAUUUUGAAUGUGAAAAAGAUGCAAAGUCAAUUUGAAAUAGCUGGUGUGUCGCAUGUUGGAAAUGAUCCAAUUAAUCAGAUUGUUCAUUUGUCUGCUCUCGAGAUUCUUUUGGUUAUUUGUGGAAAUAUUCUUUUUGAACUCAAUUUGGACCCAGCUUCAUACUUUCAGGUAAAAAUACAACACAAUUUACGCUUUUCGAAAAAAAUACCUUGAAAAUUUUAGUUUUCUGAAUGAAUUUCACCAUAACAAUUCAUCAAACAUAUAUGAACUCUUCCCCCUCCCCCCACAAUUCCAAAAUCAAAAAUUCGAAUUCCAGCUGAUUUCAACACAAAGAAAUAUAACAAAUAUAUCUCUGAAUGCAUUUCCAACGCUUGAUGACAAUGAUGAUCCAUUUUGUGCACAUAUUGCAUUGAGCACCGCAAAAACAAUCAAUUUGUGCCGGAAAACAAAUGGAAAACUCAAUAAUAAGUCGUAUCUCAAAAUCAAUUGCAACGAUGUUGUGAAACAUAUGGUUUAUUCUGGGUCAGUUGAAAUUUUCGUUUUUUUACAAUCAGUUUUUUGAACUAUAUAUAUUUUAGGAGAUCGGUUUGCUUUGCAACAUCCAAUUCAUAUUUCAUUCAUGAUAUUGUGACCAACCAAACUAUUCCCUUGUUCCCAAUCGACGAUCCAAAUCUCGCCAGAAUUUGUCUUAUUGAUAGUCAAGAAUUCUUACUCUUCUCAUCUGGUCUUGCUAUGAUUGUGAAUACCGAAGGAAUCAGUACACGUCCACCUCUGGUAUUUCAUGAAAAUGUUGAGAGUGUUUGCUACAAAUCCCCAAAUAUUUAUCUUCUUGGUGAAAAGCAAAUUACUAUUUACAGGUACAUUUAAAUCAAUUUCUGAAUUUCGCUAAUAUUAUAAUUUUUUUUUUCAGCAAAGAUGAUGUUCAAAUGGAUCAAUCGAUUGAAAAUACAAAUGAACUUCAAAUUAUUGAAGUAGUCGAAGGAAAAUUAUUUGUUUGCAGCAACACUGAAGUGUUUUCAUUGGCACAAUCUUCAUUUAUGAAUCGGGUUAAUCGAUUAAUUGCACAAGGUUUUCUUGAAAAAGCACUUGAAGAAUGUGAAGCUGAAUAUCAAAAAGCACCACAAGAUUCCAUUAUUGAGGUGUGUUCAUUAAUUUUCUGGAGAAAAAACGAUGAUUUAUUUCCUUCUUUUUUCAGGUUGUAAAAAGUUUGCAAAAAGAGCUGGCUUUGCAAAUGAUUGAUGAAGCUAAUUGGAAUAACGCAUACGAAUAUUUGAUUUCCGGAUGUGUGAAUCCUCUUGAGGUUUGUUAUAUUUUAAGAUUUGAGCAAACAUUUUAGUCACAUACAUGUUUCAGGUAAUAAAGCUUUUUGAUGCGGAGGAAUUAUUGAAAGAACCAAAUGUUGAAGUGGUUGAGUUCCUGAAACAAUAUUUGUCAUCUGUUCACAGAAUGAGCUAUGUUGAUCAAGAUACUAGAAAACAAAUUGAUAUUUAUCGAAUGAAAUGUGGUAUCUUUAUUGAUGUCAGUAAAUGGACUGCUGAAAAUCAUUUGAACAUGGCACAAAUAUUGAAAGAUAGAGGUGAUCUUGAAAUGUCCGCUCAUCAUUUGAUAGUCGGUGGUCAAAUCGAAGAUGGUUUGAAAAUCUGGGAAAACGUGCAACCAAGUUUUGAGAUUAUCAAAGAUACAUUUUCAUUGUGAGUUUAACGAUAUAUACAUACAUAAAUACUAAAUUAUGCAAAACAUUCAUUUCAGUUUGUCGGAUGAGUCCCAAACUAAUCAAGUUCUUCAUUGGAUACUCAACAAUCUUCCCGAUCAUGGUAUCCGUUAUCUUGAUGAAUCCAAUUUGUCACUCUUGGAAAGAGCCGAUAUUUUGCAAGACUUCAAAAAUAUCUACAAAGAUUGGUUGAUCAAACAUUCAAACAAUUCAGAGAUUCGCGCGAAAUUAUUAUUAAUAUCAUGCGAAGAAGUUGAAACUGACAAUUUUGAAUCAAGAAAGAAAUUCCGCAGCACGCUUUUCCAUUUCUUGGAAAACAAGUUCAAGAUUGAUGCUGAAGUCAAAGAGAGAAUGAAGAGAAAGAAUUUGACGACGGAAAAUCAAAUAAUCGAAAUGGUAAUUACAGAAAAAAAUAAUAUUCGAAAACAAUUGUUUCCAGCCAUCUUCCAAAACGGUCUGCAAAACUCUUCUUUUGUUGUUGGAAGAAAAUGAUUGUGAUUCAGCAGAGAAAUAUGUAGAUCUGUACGCUGACGAAUGGCCAAAUCUCAUGGAAACUCUCUUCUCACAUUACAAAUCAAUUUCAAGUGCCAGUUAUCGUAUGUGUGUUAUCAAGUAUCUGAAUCGUAUCAAAAAUCCAGCAGUUAUUAUGCGACUUAUGGACGAAGUCCCUGAUGAUUUGCUAAUGUUGGAGGUUUGUUGCUUUUUUCAAUCGAUUUUUCCAUACAUGUCAUAAAUAUAACAAUAAAAUUAUUUAAUAAACAGAUCAGCAAUUCGUUGAAAAAUGUGGUCGCACAUAAAAUUGAUGAUUUGUCCGAGACAUAUUUGACGAAAGCGGCACAGCAUAAUUUUAUUCAAUCGAAAAAUAUCGAGAAAAAUACAAAAACUUCGAUCACUGUAAGUUACUUUUUCUUUAAUAUUUUGAAGUUCGGGUUGCUAUUAAAGACAUAUAGCCACCAUUUCUAGUACACACACAAUCCGUUCCAACAGAUUAACUUCAAAAUAAAUAAAAAAUUUGCAGAUAUCCGAAAAUGCUCGAUGCGGAGCAUGUAACGGGGAACUCGAACUAAACCAGGGUACAAUCUCAUAUCUUCCAUCUGGUCAUGUUGUUCAUACAAACUGCAUUCGGUAUCCAGGAUUGUGUCCGGUUACAAAUCUAGUUUAUAAUGCAUAA